AUGCCUAGGACGCGGCGAACGAACACGUUUUGGAACAAAGAAGUCUCCGACGCGGUGUGGGCGGUGUACCAGCGCGUCCCGUUCGACGACACGCGCCCUUCGUGGGGGAAGCUGGCUCACGCAGUCCAAGACGACCUGAUCGGCGCCGUGAUGAGGGUGAAGAAGUGCAAGCGCCGCGACGCACGCCUCCGCUUGACCCGCGAGAUCAACAAGAUGCGGAAGGUCGGCGCGACGUCCCGGGGGCUCCAGAAGCCGAAACGCGUGUCUCCUGGCCUGGCGCCACUCCCCGGCGCGCCCACGGUCCGCACGGUGGAUAUCCGUGGCUUCAGGGGCGUUGGGGUGUACCACUGUGCACAGAUCCUGUCAGACCUCAAGCUGUCGGACACGCUCAGAGAGGCCGCACGACACAUCGUGCGGGUCGGGGCCGAUAGCUCGGCCGAGUCGGGCCAUCGCUUCGCGGCGCUGUGGCUCAACGGAGACCCGACUGCGCCGACGGGCCGUUCGAGCGGGGGGAGCGUGGAGGGGCCGUCGCCGCUAGAGCUGGCCCAGGGUGCGGUACGCACGCUGCUCGACAACGAGGGCUUCGGGGCGGUCCUCGAGGCAUACGCGGCGUUCUUCGGACUGGCCGGCGUCCCCGCCGUGAACAACGUCUACUUGCUCGAGUACGACCCCAAGAAGACUGGCAGCAACUGUCUGGGCUGGCACUUCGACGAGUCGACCUUCACGGCCGUCGUGGUGCUCCAGCCGGCCGAGGGCGGCAGCUGGAGCGGCGGCGACCUCCUCCUCAGCGUGCCCGAGGGGGCCAUCGUCCCGGACGGGGACGUGGUGCGCGCCGUCGACCGCAAUGCGGUGUAUCACGGCGUGAGCAAGAAGGGCUCGGUGGAGCCGCUGGAGGACAGCAGCAUCUACGCCCUGCGCCUCGGCCCCGGAGAUGUGUGCCUGAGCGGCGGGGUGUUGCACGCGGUCGACCGCGUGCAGGGCAGCACGAAGCGACACGCCCUCGCCAUGUUCUUUGGCAAGCCCCUCGCCAGAAUCGCCGAGAAGGAACCAGCGUCGUCGUGA